UUUGAUAUCGGAAUGGCAGGAUCUAGCAAGUGAAGAAUUAAGAACAACGUUUCGGAAGAAUAUUCGAUGAUCUUCAUGUAAAAUUUACGUGCAAAAUUAUUGUGCGUUCAGUUCGGAAUUGACGUCGCGCUGCGAAUACUUUUUUCGCUAUUUUUUUUAAAGAAAGAGGAAUGAAGCCUGCGGGGAUCAUGAAGUUAUAAUCGAUCGUUGUGUUACGUACGGAAACGUCUGCCAUGAAAGUUAACAAUUGUUGCUAAAGGGAUAAAAAAUUUUGUUAAUUAAUGGUCUUCAUGCAAUCCACAAAGACUCAACGCUUGCCCCUGGCCAUAAAGUCUCCCAUAAAGUCAUCUGUCCGUAAAACAUCAAGUGGAUCUCUACUAAGCGUCACCCCCCUUAAACUCCCAGCGAAAAAGAAGACAGGCACAUUCGUGACGAGUCGAUCAGAUACUAGAUUAACUUCAUCCUUUAGAAAGCUAUCAAUAACUCCAAACCCUCAUCCACCUUCACGUUCUAAAAGCACAAUCCCCAGGAAAGCAAAAUCAAGUCAUGUUCGAGGAUUGAAUUCUUAUGCAGUCAACUCAGUUGAGGACAUUGUGAAUCUUAUUAAAGAGGGUAAAUGUAAGAAUAUCAUUGUCAUGGCUGGUGCUGGAAUAAGCACUCCUAGUGGCAUACCUGAUUUCAGAACACCAGGAACUGGACUUUACGACAACUUGCAGCAAUACAAAAUCCCAGAGCCAACAGCCAUUUUUGAUCUAGACUACUUUUGGUAUGACCCAAGGCCAUUUUUCUGCCUGGCUCAGAGUCUUUAUCCUGGAAAUUACCAGCCAAACUAUGUACACCACUUUGUCAAGUUACUCCAUGACAAGGGAUUGCUGUUGAGAAUGUACACACAGAAUAUUGAUGGACUGGAAAGAUUGGCUGAGGUACCAGCAACAAAACUUGUAGAAGCACAUGGCACAUUCUCAACUGCUUCGUGUAUAAGAUGUCACAAAAGCUAUGAUGGAGAACAAAUUAAGAAAACAAUCAUGGAUGGCGACAUUCCUAAAUGUUCCAGCCCAAGAUGUUCAGGUGUGGUUAAGCCAGAUAUUGUGUUUUUUGGUGAAAACUUGCCCAAGAAAUUUUACUCCUAUGUUGUGGAUUUUCCAAAAUGUGAUCUUCUUGUAAUCAUGGGCACUUCAUUAGAGGUGGAGCCCUUUGCAGGCAUAGCGAAUUCUGUGGACCGCUCCACUCCACGCCUUUUGGUAAACAGGGAGAUCGUAGGACCAUUUUCUCGGCGUUCUGAGAGACGCUCUAAUGAUGUGGUGCUCCAAGGAGAUAUCGUAGAGGGUGUGACAAAACUUGUUAACCUCCUAGGAUGGUCUGAUUCAAUGGACGCCAUUACAAACGGUGCUAAACAAAAAUGGAAAGAUUAUUCGUCUACUACAGACCCCAAAGUUAGUAAAGCUUCCGAGGAACUUGCUAAAAGUAUUGGAAGAACCACAGAUAGUAAAGAAAUGGUGGAAAACACUUCAGGAACUAGCAACGCACAGUUAAAGAAUGGCGUUGAUGUACAAAGAAAAGACAGUGGACAGUUUACAAGCACUCCCAAAAAUGGAAUCUCUAACGGACCGACAGGACUAAACUCAUUUGGGACCAGAACGCUACAUUCCCUAACUAAUGGUUUUACAGGCAAAGGAGUUCUGUACAGGACAAGUAAAACUGCUCUCUUCAUGAAUGGCGAGGGGCCCAUAAGACCCUCCGCAGCUUCUCAAAGAGCCCCACUUUUGCCGUUCCUAUACACUCAGAGGAAAGAAUCGAGCGAACAGAAUAAGAACACAGAUUUCAAAAUUAUUGAUCCAGGAAAGGAUCUUGCAAGUGCAGGAUUUGGACUUGGAAGGCGAAGUGUGGGUCGAGUAAGCUGUUUUCUGGCUGGGACGGCGGGUGAAAGUUCGAGUGACGACGAUUCGGCAUAGUUAACUGUAAAACUCCUGCUGAAUAAUGGAAAGAGUUCGAAUGCAGCUGCUUAGUAGCGCAGCGUAGACUUGUAUAAGUAAUUCCCUGCACAAUAUCACGAAGAUAGAGAAGCUGGUAAUGAUGACGCUGAUCAGGUCACAGACCAAUCGUAGAAGAGAACUAGUAACUUGACAAAUCACGUUCCAGAUGUACUGGAUUAAUGUUUGGUGCAUUGUGCCAAAGACAAGUUGUUUCCUUACAAAUAUAUAUUUUUUGACUUCUGUAAAAAUGAUUAAAGGGAAAACAAAGAAAGAUAAAUUAUUCCGCGAUGCGAUUUUUAUGAUGAAAUAAAGCAAUGUUAUAGGUAAAGUUAGCGUUGCUACCGAACUUAUCUCAGUUUCUGUACAAAUGAAUAAAGGUUGAUAAU